AUGGCUAAAGACAAAAAAUCCAAAUCCGACGACAAAAAGAAGAAGCUUGCCGAGAAAAAACAAAAACAGGGCAAAAAAGCCGACAAAAAAGAAAAGACCAAAGCCCAAAAAUCCAAAUCCGCCGACGACAGCGACGAUGAAUCCAUCGAUCUCGAUUCCGUUCUAGCUGAAUAUGCCAAAGCCCAAGAAUCCUUCUUGAAAAUCACCGAGGUUCCUUGUGCUCCGCCCAAACCCCGAGCUUCUUCGACUCUGAUUGCUAGUCCCGGUAAUGCAAACGAGUUGUUUUUAUUCGGGGGCGAGUAUUUCAAUGGAGCGUUGGCUACGUUUUUUAAUGAUUUGCAUGUUUAUGCGAUUAAUAAAGAUGAGUGGCAUGUGGUGACGAGUCCGAAUGCUCCGUUGCCCAGGAGUGGUCAUGCUUGGUGUAGAGGGGGGAAUGCGGGGGGUAUAUAUAUGUUUGGGGGGGAGUUUUCGAGUCCAAAGCAGGGGACUUUUUAUCAUUAUAAUGAUUUCUGGCACCUCAAUCCCUCCGAGCGUGAAUGGACCCGUCUAGAAUCCAAAGGCAAAACCCCUCCCGCCCGCAGCGGUCACCGCAUGACCUACUACAAAAACUACAUCAUUCUCUUUGGAGGUUUCCAAGACACAUCCCAAGCCACCAAGUACCUCUCGGACCUCUGGAUCUACGACACAUCCAACUUCAUCUGGCACAACCCCGUGCUCCCGCCCGUGACACAAAAGCCCGAUGCUCGUUCCUCCUUUACCUUUCUCCCGCAUGAAAGCGGUGCUGUCAUGUAUGGAGGCUAUUCCCGCGUGAAAACAAAUGUCACGGGAAAACAGAUGAAGGGAGGUGGAAUGGCCAUGAGAAAUGUGUUAAAACCCAUGGUGCAUCAAGAUUGUUUUUUCCUCCGAAUCGUCCAGCCCGCCGAUACAUCGAACCCGACCGCUCCCACCGUCCGCUGGGAACGACGGAAAAAACCCGCCAACACCCCAAAUCCUCCUCGUGCAGGCGCUACCAUGGCGUAUCACAAAGGACGCGGUAUACAAUUUGGAGGCGUACACGACAUUGAAGAAUCAGAAGAGGGAAUCGACAGCGAAUUUUUCAACACAUUAUUUGCAUGGAACAUUGAACGAAACCGAUAUUUCCCGCUUUCCCUGCGUAAACCAAGAGUGCAAAAGAAAAACAGCGGAGGAAAUGAGAGAGGAGGAAGAAGAGGAAGAGGCCAAGCGAACGAGGAGGAAUUACUGAGGAAUUUAGCAGCGCUAGAAACGGGGAAGAGUUUGGCUGAUGCAGAUGACAUGGAGAUCGAAAAGACGCAACCCGAUGCCAAUGAUGCCGAUGCAUUACCCAUCAAACAAGUCCUCAUGGAAUUUCCACACGUAAGAUUCAAUGCGCAAUUAGCCGUUCAAGACGAUGUACUCUACAUCUACGGAGGCACCUAUGAAAAAGGCGAUCGAGAAUUCACAUUCGAUGAAAUGUACGCGGUGGAUUUGGGUAAACUGGAUGGGGUCAAGGAGAUUUUUAGACGCGAACCCGAGAAUUGGUUUGGGAGUGAUGAGGAUAGUGAUGAGGAUGAUGAGGAUGAUGAUGAUGAUGAUGAAGAUGACGAUGAGGAAGACGACGAAGAGGAAGAAGAAAAUGCCGAUGCCGAUGGUGAUAUCAACAUGGAACCCAAAGCACACCUCCACAGCACCAGCACCCGCAAAUCCAAAUCCAAAUCCGCACUCACUCAAGAAACCCUCUCCCUCACCCCCUCCCUCACCUCCUCCACCACCACCUCAAUCCCCUUCGACGACACACCCGACCCCUCCCCCGAUCCCAACAACCCCACCUCCUCACCAAGCGACAACCUCCCGCACCCCCGUCCCUACGAGUCCCGCCGGGAUUUCUUCCAGCGCACAGGAACCGAAUGGCAAGAAGCGCUUAUGACCGGACUGCGCUGGAAAGGAAUCCAGCCAGAAUCUUUGGGGGUGAAGGAGAUUAAAACGAAGGCGUUUGAGAUGAGUGAGGAGAAAUGGUGGGAUGUGAGAGAGGAGGUGGUGGCGUUGGAGGAUGAGCAGGAGGCGGCGGGGGAUUGGGGAGGUGGUUGCGUUGGGGGAGAGGGCGGAUGGGGGGGAGGGGGCGUGGGGAGGAGGAGGUAA